GCCAUAAAUUGUAAUGUUGCAAUCUUCUCUCCCCCGUGACCCAGCCUUCCUCGACAAACAAACUCAUUUCUCAAAACAGAACUCUGCUCUCACACUCCGUUCGACAUCGAGGUUUGGACGACGGCGACUCCUUCAGCUUGCCGCAACCCAUCACUCAACGUUGACUUCCUCAUUCAACGGCUUUCGUUCUUCAAUCCAAAGAAACCCAUCACUCCAAGGCUAGGUCACUCGACGAUGAUUUCCUCAAACCGCACCAACCCAUCACUCGACGGAAGAAGGACUGCGCAAUACUCAUCAGCUUCUGAACUCGACGAUUAGCUCUAUACAGAAACGGCUCCGCAGUUUCGGAAUUCGGGAACCAAAGGAAGAAAGUAAAUAAGAUGCCUCGUUACAAAGACGAGCCUCCGGCUGUUCGCGUCUACACCGUAUGCGACGAAUCCAGGUACCUGAUUGUGAGGAACAUUCCGGCCUUAGGAUGUGGUGACGAAUUGCUCAAAUUGUUCGCUUCAUAUGGAGAAGUUGAAGAGUGUAAACCAAUGGAUGAAGAAGAAUGUGAGCAAUUCACUGAUGUUUACUGGAUCAAAUUCCGUCUGGUCAGCAACGCCAGGUUUGCGAAAAGAAAAUUGGACGAGUUUGUUUUUCUCGGAAAUCGGCUGCAGGUUUCGUAUGCUCCACAGUAUGAGAGUCUUUCUGACACGAAGGAUAAACUAGAAGGCAGGACAAGGGAAGUUCUGACUCGAUUAAAUCCCGGGAGAUCAAAAGGGAUCAAGGUUUUGGACCCCAGUGUUUCUUCCACUGAGAAUUCGUUGAUUGUAACUCCCUCACAAAUGAACUGCCUCCCCCAAGUGGGACACUCUAACCGAAGGGACUCUGGAAAUUCUGUUAAUAAUUCUUCUCCGCUCACACUGGUUUCCUCUGACCAGGAUUAUUUUGCAUCUCAAUCGAUGAAUCACACAGUUCAGUUGGUAAGAGAGAAGCUCAAUAAGAUUCAAUCAAGUAGUGAGCAUCUACAACCUGCACCAAAGAAAACACGAGUAGACAACAGAAGAAGAAUCUAAUGGAUUGUGAAUGGUGGUCAGACUGAUUAGCAUCCAGAAAAAUGUUUUUCUAUUUUUUGUUUCACCUCAGCUUUUUGCCUCCCACAUGUGCACGUGUUGACUGCACCUGCGAGCAACCAUCCAUCACAUCUUGAUAAUGUAGAUGGUACAUAAAGAUAGUUUCACAUAAUCGUAGUAUUUUGCUUUUGGUAAGUCAAAGGAGAUCAUAUAUUGUCUACAAUUUAUUCUAUAUGGAAAAUGAAGAGGAAUCACCAAUUCUUCAGAUGUCUCACUUGCUCGAGUCCUGCCUUUAAGCUAUAUUUUAAGUUCCUAGCACACCUAGAAACUCAGGUGCCAUAAUCUUUGGGAUGAAUGCUGUAAUUGAUUGGCGAAGUUGAAUGGUAUUUCUCCGGAGCAUUUGUUUUCCAUUAAUGACGUCAUGGUAUCUGUUCUUCAGCUUUCCUA